UCCCAUAAUACAUUACACUGCGGCGGGGAUACCUUUCUAUUCUCUAUUCUUCCUCCGCGUUUCUCCAAUCAAUAAAACGCACAAAACGUUUGAAACCAAUUUCGUCUUUUCCCUGCUUCCUUCCUUCCUUCCUAAUUGCUUCAUAAUUAUCCUUAAUCCUUGUCAUUAUCGUGGUUAUUAGUCUCCCAACUUAACUUAUUACAUAUAAUCUCUUCUCUUUUCUCUUGAUCUUGAAUCACGUCCCCUCUGCCUAGCCACAGCCAGAAAGAAAGGAUCAAGGAGGAGGAUUCGAUAUUUUGUUCAGAAAUUGAGAUUUGAGGUGUUGUGGGUUGUUGUUGUUCUGUUCCGUGGCUCUCCCACAAUUUCAAGUCGCCAUCACAUUCAAAGCAAAAUCUUCGACCCUACCCCAGGUAUAACUCUAUAAAUUAUUGCAACUACUACUGCUAGUAGUAGUAAACUAGAGAGAAGACGAGAAAAGCUGAGCUAGAAGAAGAAAGAAGAGGGCGAAGAAGAUCAAGUCUGUCUCCUUACAUUGGGUAUACAACACGUCGCUUGCGGGCGGAGGUUUGAGGUUUCCCCUUCCGUUUCAGUUUCCGUGAACGUUACGACUGCAUUCUCCCAAAGUGAGAAGCCUUCCUUUCUUCAUAAAGGUAACGUCUUUGAAAUUCGGGACAACCCAAGUUUUUGUUUUCGUCUGUCUCUCUUUCUUCUCUCCGCUGCCAGCCUCUGCAGCUUCUUCUCCUAUGUUGGUUAGUCCGAUUUCCCCUCCUGAGUUUCUUGGUGACGAUCGUGAUUUCCCCCCAAAUGCUUAUCUGGGUUUGUUUUCCCUUACGCAUGUUUACUUUGUUUUGAUUUAUGAGCUGGGCUUUCUUUCUUCUGUUACAAUUCAUCUGUUGUUUUUGUGUUCUUCUCUGGGUUUUCUGGACGGUGUUAGAAGUGUGGGGUUUUGGCAUUGUUGCCUUUCGAUCUGGGUUUCGCUGUUGUUUCUUUCUUAGAAUCAGUUUGACUCUGUGGCCUUGGUUCAAAUUCCAGAACUAUUGCUUGUUAGAAACUAGUCCUGUUUUUAGUUCAUCGAACAUGUGGCAACUUCAUUGACUUUGAUUUGCGUGGAUGUUUCUUUGCAUUUCUCCAUUGCCGGUUUAUUGAUCUGUUAACUGCCAGGCUAGUCUGUCUGAUCCGCAAUCAGGAAUGCCAUUCUCCAUUCAAUUAGAGCCAUGCUGUAAUUAAGAUCCCCGGUACAUGUUGUUGAUUGGAAAUCAACACCGGGUUUGUAGUUCUUCUUCCAAGCAGUUAUAGUAAUCCACAUAUGCAUGGGUUCUAAAUCCCCAUUUGCCGUCUCUAUACUAUAAGACUAGAUUAUAGUCUUAUCUCUUAUCAGAUGCCUUGUUUAUACAUCAAAAGAAUGAGUUUAUCCAUUCAUAAUUUGGUUCCUUCACCAAUAUAUCACUGCAUCCGUUCAUGGGCUAAUUAUGACGCUUUUUUUGUUGUUGUGCCCAGAUCUAUCAGCAGUGUGUGUUUCCACACCUGGCUAUCCACUACCCUGCAGCUUUUAUGCCAGAACACCACCUGGGCAUGCGGCAAAAUGUGCUGGAAGUCUGAUAACUCGUUUCAAACCUGUGAAAUUCAUUCUUCGUUCUGGUUUUUACUCUGUGGAAUUAGUUUAAAAGCAGCUAGUUGUUUCUCACUUGACAAGAACCAGUUGAUCAUUGACACAUGCCUUUCUGAAGCAUGUCAUCAGUGAAGGUGGACGAGUUCUCAGAUUUCUGAGGCUCCUUGUCUAUAAAGUUUGUAUAUACUUACUACUACCGGUUAAGCACAGCCUACAUAUACUAGAAAUGGAAAACAAAGACAGAGUCCUGUUGGAGAGGUAUGAAGUUGGGAGAUUAUUAGGCCAAGGAAAUUUUGGCAAAGUUCAUCAUGCAAGAGACCUUAAAACUGGCCAAAGUGUGGCCAUUAAGGUCAUCGACAAAGAAAAGGCUCUGAAAGCUGGGCUGACUAACAACAUCAAGCGAGAGAUAUCAGUCAUGAGACGAGUCAAACACUUAAAUGUGUUGCAGCUCUACGAAGUCAUGGCUUCCAAAACAAAGAUUUACUUUGUUAUCGAGUAUGCUAAAGGUGGCGAGCUCUUCAACAAGGUGGCCAAAGGAAGGUUAAAAGAAGAUGCAGCUAGGAAGUAUUUUCGGCAGCUGAUCAAUGCAGUUGAAUUUUGCCAUGGCAAAGGUGUGUUCCACAGGGAUUUGAAGCCCGAGAACUUGCUAUUAGAUGGGAAUGGAGUCCUCAAAGUGUCAGAUUUCGGGCUGAGUGCUCUUGUCGAAUCCAAGUGCCAAGAUGGCUUACUACGUACAACUUGUGGAACCCCUUCGUAUGUUGCUCCUGAGGUUAUCUAUGGACGAGGUUAUGAUGGCGUGAAAGCUGACAUCUGGUCUUGUGGGGUGAUUUUGUAUGUCAUGCUUGCUGGCUAUCUCCCAUUCCAUGAUGCCAAUGUGAUUGUUAUGUACAGGAAAGCCAGCAAUGCCGAUUACAAGUUACCAACAUGGUUUGCACCCGAAGUAUGUCGCUUGCUCUCAAGGAUGCUUGACCCUAACCCGGUUACUCGAACCACCAUCUCAGAAAUCAUGGAGGAUCCAUGGUUCAGAAAAAAGCCUGAAUCCCAAUCGGUGUGCUUGAAGAAUGAUUUCACACGUAACAUCCCUCGCGAAAUCGGUGGUGAAGAAGGGAAAGGUGAAGAGUUGCGGAAACCCACCAGGUUGAAUGCAUUUGACAUCAUCUCUUGUUCAAAUGGGCUAAACUUGUCUGGUUUGUUUGCUGAGAGUAAUCAGAACAAAGAAGCCCUGAAGUUUGUGUCGUUGCAGUCUGCAUCGACUAUAAUGUCAAAGCUGGAAGACAUGGCCACACAUCUGAAGCUGCAGGUUAAGAAGAGAGAUAGAGGGUUGCUGAUACUGGAGGCAUCGGUUGAAGGUAGAAGGCCUUUAUCCAUAGAUGCUGAGGUUUUUGAGUUAACUCCUUUCUGUCACCUGGUGGAGCUGAAAAGUUGUGGUGGGGAUCCCAAAGAACACUGGCCCAUUGUAGAGAAGCAACUAAGGGAAGAUCUCAGGGACAUUGUUUGGGCAUGGAGUGACGGUAGGCAGCGUAUGAAUUCUGCCUAGCUAACGAUUGCUCCAUUCCGCCAUUAGCUUAAUUAAUGCAAGUUUGAAGCUCUCUGUGAAAGUCUCAAUUCCUUUAUUCUCUUGUACCUAGCCGCUAGAAUAUUUUGAAAACACAUGUGUAUAAAAAUUACAUACAUCCAUUAGUAUAUAUAUACAAGCCACCUUUCUUUCAAUUAUAUAGUUCUUUCGACUAACUGAAGCUCCCAACUUUGCCCUUCAAGAUCAUCACUAUUAGACGACGAUCAACUCGGGCGAGGAAGAGAAAUUCUAUGUUUUCCCUAUGAAUAGGAGCAAAUUCUCUCCCAAGGAAAUCAUCAUUAUUUCUAUUGUCUAAGCAGUGCCGGAACCCAAUUUCCUCUACCUCCUCUGACGAGUGACAACGAAGACUCUCAUCAUGAGAAUUUGUAAUUAAUAAUUAAUCUUUUUAAUCUUG